AUGUCGGUCUCCGUGGGGGAGCUGCACAACUCUAACUCUAACGACGGGGAGGAUGUGGACAUUGGCGACGCGGAGAUCAGCAUCGCGCCGGACGGCUCGUUCGUCGAGACGCCGUCUGGUAACGCCGCGCGAGAGCUCAAGAGGCGAUACGACCGUCUCGUCGGUGUGGGCUCUACGACGGCUGGCUCUGAACUCAUCAUCUCGCCUUUCCAAAUCACGAGUCUCAUAAACCAGCAUGGACGUCAGGUGUACAGAGUUGGGAGGAGAGAGAUGAAGCCUCCUGCAGAAGAGGCAGAACAUGUACAAGCCGCCACCAUCGCUCGCGCGUCUGGAUUCAGCAUCUCAGACGCCCAGCCGCGCCGGUCGCGUCUGAGCAUGUCCAACUUUCUCGCACCAGAGUCAUCCCGACAAAGCCAACAACUUGCCCAACCUCAACCUCUGGCGCCGCAACCGUCCACGGCGACUCUCCGGCCCUCCGGCCCGCCCAAGAAGCUCCGCAAGGCGCGCUCGAAUCCUGCUUUAGCGCCUACGCCGCCUCCUACGACAGCGCCAACGCAAAGAGGCCAUUCACAAAGUGUCACGGCCGUUGAUCUCCCGAGUGGGUCGCGGUGGGGCGUGCCACCGCCCGUACCUGUGCCACCUAUACCAGUUCAGGCGCCCGUGGUGUAUCCACCUACGGAUUUAUUUGCGGAGACUAUGCGUUUUCCUCGAAAUGGCGCAGAGAAGGGAGAAGGGAGAAGCAGGAGCUCUAGCGUCAGUCGCGUGCAGGCGAAUACGACAGCUGUCAUUGCGAACCCGUUCGGCGCUAGAGUAAAGUUCGAAUCGCCGAGGAAGCCGAGGGAACCCAGUCGACUGGCCAGGGAUAGGCAUUCGACUGACAGCAGCGGGUCAUCGGGAUCAGAGUCUCAGGAAGGCAGCGCAGAAGAGGGCGGCACGAUUGAUUAUCUCGGCGUGGAUAUUUCUCGACAGUUGCGCGAGGUUCAGAGCUUCGAGAGCGGGCUUACGGCUCGGGCUGCGUCGCCUACUUUGACGGCGGCGGAUACUGCUGCGCUAGGCGCGUCGACUUCCAAACGAGAUUCCAGCGAUCAAGGGCAUGCGAAGGAGCAAACCCAGGUUCGGCCGGCGCCGUUGUUGUAUACCCAAUAUGCACCGGAGGUGUUCGACGUAUUGCAACAUUACUCCGGGCUGCCGAUGCUCGACAGACUAGAUCUCGACGAUGACGAUGGUCCUGUUAUACGCAUGUCUGCAGCGUCCGAUGAGCGCACGACACCACGCGAUGACCCUCGCUUCGUUGUCUGGGGUGAACUCCUGCCAUCUCCCACACCCGCUCGCGCAGCCUCCAACUCGGUUUCAUCCAACUCUUCUCACCGCAAGCGUCGCUCUGGUCGGCCGUCGGGAGCCUCAACAUCUUCUGCAACCUCCUCCAGGUCCUCGCCUGCGAACGAGAUGGGAGUUAGUAGUCACGGAGACGGUGACAUCAAUGGCGCAGAGAUCACCAAUGGCGAAGGAGGGGAACAAGAAAAGGUCCUCCUCGCUGCUACGAUUGAGAGGUGGCUAGCCCAACUCACCAGCGCACUUGAUUACGACGAGUUGCUUGUCUUCUUCAUGACGUACCGCACCUUCAUCGCCCCAUUGGACUGCGUCCAACUGCUCAUUGCGCGGUUCUGGUGGGGCAUUGGUAGAUCACUCGAUCCACCUUCACUGAAUGGCGAAGACGAGCAGGAAGAAGAGGACCCAGACGCUCGCGCUCGCCGCAUUGUUCGCGUUCGAACGUUCGUCGCCGUGCGAUACUGGCUCCUAACCUUCUUCGACGUCGACUUCUUGCCCAACCGCGAUCUGCGUCUACUCCUCGCAGGCUGGCUCAACGCACUACGAAGAGAGCUUGAACGCGUAGAAGCUGAAGACGCCGCACUUCGUAAGGCAUCGGGGGAGGGUGGCGUGGGCGUGGGAGGAAAGAAGAAGAGCGCAAAGGAGAAGGAGAGAGGAGAGGCAUUGGGGAUCGUCAGGAAGCUGAUCGCCGUUGUGAGGGAGGUCAAAGAGAUACAUGCGAAACGCUUGGGUCCGCCGGGCACUGUGCUGUCGUCUACGGCCCAGUCCUCCGCGUCGGCGUCUGCAUCAACGCUCUCGUCUGCUUCCUCGGCACCCUACAGCACACCGGGGUCAAGUACGAAUCUCACGCCCGGUUCUUCGUCUUCAGCUAGCACCUCGAGCUCAAGCAACAAUAGCCCCACGACGCGCCGUCAUCCUCUCGUCGAGCUCUUCGGGAAGUCAUUCGAGGGCGUGGGAAACGCAGAUACAAAUGCGAAUACGGAUGACCUUGAUCUGGACUUCGAAUUCGACUAUCUUCCGCCAGACCUUAUCCCUUCGACCUUCGCCUCAUCCGCUUCCCCGUUCAAUCCUCUAGCCGGCCACCCCUCCUCCGUAUCCAAUGCCCUCACACAGCAGAACAGCAACUCGCAACUACACCCAAACUCGGCGAGCUCAUUACAUCCUCACCCGCUAGGAGGCAUGGGUAUGAACGGAGGCGGGACGGUCGGGAGCGCGGCUGGUGUAGGCGUGGCCGCACAUACGCUCACACUGGCUGGUGGCGGCGUUCAGAGGGCCAUCAUGGAACAUCGGCCCGCCCGCGCCGCUCCGCGCGAUGUGCCACCUUUGCCUCUCCCACUCCAUCAGAACAUCCUGGGACGAGCAUUCGUGAAUACCAUCGGCCGUCUUGGAAGGUGGAAGCGCAUGAGCCAACGUCCUGCGCUCGGUCUCGCUACGAACGGUGCUGGUGUGGGCAUAGCUGGGAUGAAUGGUGGAGGUGUGGGUGACGGAGCGAUGGGAAGACCCAGCGCGUUUGAUGUUGAGCUGAGCGUUGCGGAUGAUCUGUUGAGCGUGCGGGGCGGUGUGGAGAGGUAUCUGAGGUUGAUCGAGAGCGAGGCGGCGCAGCAAGGGAUGAGCGUCGGGCAGAUGUACCCGCGGCCACCCGUGCCACCGCCUGCGGAGAUGAUCCCACCUGAUUCGCCUAUUCCGCCCGCGGUCGAGGGCGCUAUGGUGGAUCGUUUAGGAGUCGGACUGGAGAAGGCGGGCAGAGAAAGACCGCCGACUAUCGCGGUAGAGGUGCCAAGUAGCAGUCUGGAUCUGGGAGAUGUUGGGAGGGAGGAAGUCGAUGUCAUCGAGGACACGCCCGAUACGGCUUCAUCUCUUGCGAGUACGCGAUCACCGUCCCCACACUCUCCGUCACCAUCUCCCGACCCAACACCUCGCGCCUUCGCCCAUACAACACCUCGCCAAGCAAGCCAAUCUCGUGCAUCAAGUCGGGCCUCAUCUCGCUCCUCCGGUUCAAGCGACGCAGACUACGGUGCAGACUUCACCAGCCGUUUCCCUCACGCCAGCAUGGGCGUCAUCCCGACCUUCAACUCACGGACAAGUAACGACGACUUCGCUGCCUUUGCCACGAGGAGUUCCACGUCUAGUCGGGCGAACCCGUGGGGCGUAGAUGUGGUCAGCAUCGAUGAUCUCGAUCUCAGCGAUUCUGACGAUGAGGGCUUUGGCGGUGGAGAUACCGUCAGAAGAAAGCUGCCUACGAGGAGAGAGAUCAGGCAUAGGACUGCCAGUAGUAUCGCCUCCACGACGUCCAGACAGAGCGGACGCAGCUCGCAAGGACUUGGACCGUUGCAACAGUGGCAGGUCGAUGCGCUCGUCAAUUCGCUUGGAGAUGAUGCAGACGAUGGUGGUGUUGAACAUGCGUUGAGGAAGUUGGAGGGUCAGUUGAUGGAGCCGGAGAAGAUGGCGGAGAAGGGGAGGAAAGUGGACGAUUGGGUCAAGACCAUCCGCGAGAGGUUGGAGGCGGGUGACUAUGGUGCGCCUAGUGGAAGAAGACCGGGGACGGGCGGGAGAGGGAGUGCGGCGUGGAGCGUUGAUCUUGGUGCGCCGGCCGGGGACGGGGAAGAGGAUAGUCAUCCGCCGACAAGGCCGACUAGUGUGGCGAGUGUCAGGCGUGUGGAUGAAAAGGCUCGCACGCCGGAGGUCGAUCCUGCUGUACCAGAUGAGAUCUUGAAGUCAAGACUGUCGACAUCGCCUUUGAGCCCGCAGUCAUCCAUCAAUUCGGGUAGCUCCUCGAUGUACAUCCCUCCAUCGGCGCCAUUGCUCCCCCCAUCAAAGAAUGGCCCGCCUCACCGCUCGUGGAUCUUGGACCAUACAUCUUCAUCACUGGCGGAGCACUUCGCCAUGAUUGACCGAGAGCUCCUCCUGGCAGUACGCUUCGACGAGCUACUGGGCGAUGAAUGGGCACAGGCGGAUAACACCGGUCCUGUUCUAGACUGGGCCACAUUCCUGAAGGAGAGGGCAAGGUGGCGUGCCGAGAGGAGGGGCGCUGCGAAGACAGGAGGGCUUGUAACUCUGCGAGCGAGGUUCAACCUCGUCGCAAGAUUUGUGCUCAGUGAGAUCGUGGCUACACCUCCUGCCUCUAGGCCCAGCGUCGCGGCCAAGUUCAUCCGCAUUGCUUGGAAAUGCUACACGAUGAACAAUCACAGUACUCUUGUCGCCAUCAUUACCGGUCUACGCUCUGAAUGGGCCAACCGUGCCAUGCGGAAACAUUGGCGGCGGGUCAAUGUGUACAACCUACGCAUGCUCAACGACCUCUCAUCCUUCGUGGGUGCCGAGGAUGAGUUCGUACAUCUGCGUGGCGCCGUACGUGCACUCGAAGAGCCAGCCGCGCCGACAGAAGACGGCGCGCUUCCGGCUUGCGUGCCUUUCAUUGGGAUGUACCUUGCUCAGUUAGCUCGCCACGCUCAACUACCGGACCUCAUUGAUCCCACUGCACCUACUCAGACCGUGGGCAUCGACCGCCGCACGAACGAAUGCCUCGCACCCGCACACCCAGAGGUGUUCGCUGCUCUACAGCCGCUUCCACCAAGCAUGCAACUCGAGCCGCUCGUGAACGUACACAAACAACGGCUCGUCGCUGGUGCUGUACGCGAACUUACGGCAGGGCAGAACCUCGCCGCGCGCUUGAAUGUUCCUGUCGACAGGAAACUAUUCGGGAGAGCGGUCAAGCUGAGGGCAUUGGAUGACGAGACGCUUACUCGGGUGUGCAAGGCAUAUUCCGAAUGA